GCAGUGUGCUCAGUCCUGCGCGAGCGCACUCCGGGUUUCUGUUGGAUUCUCGCGCGCGCGCUGUUUACCGGCGGUUUCUCUCCUCUGCACUCUCCGCUUCCGCCCAAGAUACUGAAUAACUGAUCUCCACUUGCCUUGUUUUUUAAGCACACCAGAAAUUUGUGAAAGAAUUUGGUUCAGAAUGCCACCAACCCUCGACAAGACUUUAGAGAAAGACCACAGGAUUCACAUUUCAACUCCAGUUUUGACCCGAGAUGUCGAUUCCAGCAGAGACCUGGAUCCUCAGAUUAAACUGAUGGAUGACAGCUAUGCUAGGUUUUGGUUGAAUCUCUCCCCCUUGUCCACUUUAGACUCCUGCAGGAUGAAAAGUUCUCUAGAGCUACCAGAGAUACCCCAACAGUCACUGGUUCACAACUCAGAGUCUUUUAAAAUAGAGCCCCAGCCGAACUUGGGAUCUUUGCUUGGCUGUGUGUUCAUAGAUGAAAGUGGUGCAGAUUGCCCAUUGCUUCAUGAGGACUCCAAUUUCAAACAACAAACAGUAGCUGAAGAGCAGUCCAGGAAUGUUUCCAAAGAUGAUCAGAACCGAAUGCAAACUUCGUCACCUCUGCAGUACUUCCAUUGUGAAAGUGAAUCUCUUUCUUCAUCAAGAUCAAGCGGAAUCAGGAACAGCAACCAGAGCACUGCUGUAAGACCACUAUGGAACUUGGCAUCUCACAGCACAGUGCAAGAGGGAGUGGGUGCUUGGAGAAUGCGACUCGCUUCUCAAUACCGUGUAUUAGCAACUCGCACGGACCAAGUGAAACUGAGGCUUCAUGCACUCCUGGCUGGAAAUUUUCUGCAAAAUUUCAGCAAGCAACUAGAUGAAAUGAAGAGGAAAUUCUCAACCAUGCCCACCAAAAUUGGACCUAAUCCACUCAGUCCUGCAGAAAACAAAUGUACUAAUGCUUUGGGGGCUCAUGAGGAAACAAAUUGUCUUCCUGAUCACUCUUCAGGGCAGAAAUCCUCAAGGUUUUGUGGUCCAGCAGUGCAUCAGGGAAGUGGCACCCUUAGCAGUUCCUUUGAAUGGUCCUUGGUGGAGAAAAGCUCUGAGAGUGUGCAGCUUCUCAGAGAUGUACAGAGUUUAGUACAGGGUGGACAGGCAGUACUUCAUGAAGCACAGCAGGCUUUGGACUCAGAUGCUACAGAAAGCAGCUCAGAUGAUGAAUGGGAAGAAGAAACAAGAGGAAAGAGACCCAGAUCAGGCUGUCUGGGGUGCGAGUGGAGGUUUCAAUGUGAGAGAGCGAAACUGGCGAGUCAGUGGGCAUGGCUGAAGUUCAGGCUGUCUGAGCUGGAUUUGCAAAUUCAAAAGGUCUCACAGCUCCAUCAGCACCUCCUUGCUAACAAGGGAGGUGUUGUUUUAGCCCAGGCUCAGCCUUUGACAGACCUGCAGAUCCAACAGACUCUGCUGACGGAGACGGCUGGUUUGACGUUAACAGCAGGAAACGUGCACGAUCUCAACUCCGAGUUUGGCAGCCCCACACACCUUCUCAGAAACAUCGAGAGACAGAGUGCCCAGCUGAGUCAGAUAGUGAACAGUCUGAUGGCUCCUCUGAGUGACUUGCCUUCACACUGUCCUGUAGCUAAAAGAGAAUGGAGAGGCUCAAGAAAAAGACCCUUUAACAGCCAUGUGAAAGAUGUGUUCUUGGAACCCAGAACCAUGUGUAUAAGCAAGACAGAUCAGAAGAAGAGACGUGUGUGUCACCGAGGUCAGCUCUCGUCUCAGGCGGACGCCACUCGUGUGUGUGCACGGACUCGGCCUUUGCUGAUUUAUCACAAGCCCUGCCUCUUCAUCAUGGACCAAUCACUAGUCACACAACAGGGAGCAGACUCCUCAACCUACCGGUGCUCAAGCUCUGUUUCCUGUGAUCCCAUCAGUGUGUAUUCAGACCCAGUUUACUCCAACAACACAAACAACCAAAGCAACACAAUUAACAGCAUGCUCAAGCCAAACAAGAACCCAGUGUCCCACAGUGUCCAUACCGCUCGGUUCUUCAAAGAGGACUGGCUCCAUCAGUCAAAACCCAUUAGUCUCUCACCCAGCUUCACCACUGCAGAGAAACAUAUGUCCUCCAUAUUCGAUUGCACACACGAGCUCCAAGUGGCACACACACAUACCAAAGCAACGCCAACUCAGGAGACGCCCACACAGACCUGUAGGCGGACAGCGAAGAGACGACGCCAGCGCCGGGCAGAUGCUGACAUGUGUGUGUCACAGUCUGACGUGUUUUCUCCCAAUGCUGAGGGCAGUACGGAGGACAUGCUCACACCUUGCCAAACAAACGUACACCAGGGAAAGUCACAGUUUCCACUAAGCAGGAGAAAUGGCGAAAGCAUUUACAGCCCAAACAACAUAGUCAUCCCAGUGUCUCUGGCUGCCUCUAGAACAGUGGAAAAGCUGCAGUAUAAGGACAUUCCCACACCCAGCUGGAGGGUACUGGCGCUUUCCCCGCUCAUAAAGAAGGAGGUGGAGGAGGAUAUUGAUAAGGUGGAGUCGCUAUCAGAUGAGGUGUUUAUUCAGCGACACCAGAGCUACGAGUGCAGAGAGAAACUCUGCUGGAGCUCCUGGGAAAAGGGCAAGAGAUGCACACACAGGACCAGGUUUUCCAGCAGUACGGACACCUCAUCUAAUUGUGAGCCAGUGUCAUGGACAUACAGGGCACCACAGGACAACAUGGAGGAAGGAGAGCCUCAGCUGUCCUGGGAGAGACGCGUGUUCCCACUGUCUAAGACUGACAAGGAGGCUCUGAGACUUGACGAAGCUGCACUCUGGUCAAAGAAUGAGGAGAUGGAGUCCAGUUUGUCAGACAGCAGCUGGAAAAGCAGCAUCUCCUCUCUGUUAUGCUCACACACCUCCCUCUGCUGGACACACACAGAACAACAGGCAUAAAACAUUUUCUCACCCGUGCACUACAGGACCAGAGGGUUAGGGAGCAGGAAGUGACAUCACACUGAAAAAUCCAUCAUUGUAUCAGUUGAAUAAUACUUUGAGAUGCUUUUUAUUUCUCUGCCACAGAGUUUUAACAUGGUUUUAUUAUAUAUUUUAUUAACAUACUGUACGUAUUAACAUAAGGUUUUACUGCAGUUGUGUAACAUAUUUUAAUGUAAUGUAAUGCAGUAUAUUUAUUUUCGAUAUGAGCCUUUUUAAAUAUGUAGUAUGUUUUAACCCAGCCUAUCAUCUUAACCUUGGUUUGCAAUGGAGAAAUGUUGUAAUCUUUAAAAAGUAUUAACGUUAUUAUUGGACAUGUUAGCGCUGUCCCAUUACCUUCUAACUAAAUUAAAUUCAAGUAUAUGUUUUAAGUUUG